GGUUCCCACCUCGCAGUCGAGAUCCCGCCGGCGCCGUCCUCGCCGAGCCGAGAUCCAGGGUGACGGCGCCACCCCUGUGCGGGCCGAGAUCCCACCGGCGUCGUCCUCGCCGGGACGAGAUCUCCCGCCACCCCUGUGCCGUCUCCGUCGAGAUCCGGAGCACCGCCGCCGACCUCACCGCCGACAACUUUGGGGACGUGCAGAGCCCGCCGUUCCCGUGCUUCAAGCGCUUCAUACUCAAGAGCACCACCAUCACCGUGUACAAGGGAUUCGCUGACGAGGGCGUCAAGAAGGGGUUCAAGCCGCAGGACAACGCCGUCAAGCUCUGGGACCCCGAGGGUGCGCAGGGGCACAAGGAGUGGCUGGAAAUAUAUUCUCUAAUGGGACGUCGGAAGCACUUUAUUCCACCUUUGUUGUCCAAUCAUCAAUCUGACAGCAAUGUCGCGAGCCUCUCAGCCAUAGCUGCGUGCCGAUGUGAGGAGCUGUUGAGAGUAGUCCAAGAAGAGAAGAUUGGAGACAAUGGUCCAGCGACCUCAUCGAGUUCAAGAACUCCACGGUUCCCAAAGACUUGUGUUUCAGACACUAUUGUGCAUACAAGAGUGGUGAGCCAAGUGGAGUUGGUGCCAGAGGUGGUGCCCGAGGACAUACAAGAGGCUGGCAGCAACGCACCACUCCCAUCUACCAUUUCAAGUUCAUGCAGGAAUGCUGGCACAGAUUGUUCAUCUACUGGAUCACAAAGGGUUUUGCAAGAAAGGCACAUGAGCACAAAAAGAAAAUCACCAGAGAUAAUGCGUUCACCUAGGCUUUCACCAAGAACAUCGCCAAGGAUUUUCAGAUCUCCAUUAAGCCGGAUGAUACUUACACCAAGGAUUUCACCAAGGAUUUCCAAAUCUCCAUUGAGUUCGGCUGCAGUCAACGAGCAUCACAGGGGGUCAAGAGAUUUUGAUUUGAAUAGUAUGCCUAUUUGCAGCGCAGAGGACCAAGUUAAUCUGACCAUAGGUUUGGAUUAUGGUCAGCAGACAGAUGGCAAUAUACCUGAUCUACAGCUUCAAAACAGAGCACGUAGGAUACAAAAGGAAUAUCCCAAGCACACAAAAAAAGCUGUAUUUCAGUUCUUGCUUGCAAAAUCUGUGAAUGGACAAUUGAAAGGCCAUGAAACAAGAGAAGCUUCAGUUGCAUUCUCUGUGAGUAUGAGAACAGUACAACGUAUUUGGGAUGAAGGAAAGCACUGCCUGGAUCAAGGGACUGAACCAACUUUUGAGGGCAAGAGGUCAAAUCGAGGUCGCAAGAAGAAGGAAUUUGACACAUCAAAGAUUCGCGAGUUGCCAAUUUCCAAGCGUGGUACCUUGCGGGAUGUAUCCACACACAUGAAUGUCAGUGUAUCAACAGCUCAUAACAGAUUGAAGGAUGGAACCAUCAAGCGCGUCUCCAAUAGUUUGAAGCCACUGUUGACAAAUGAGAAUAAGAAAGAGCGUCUUAAGUGGUGCCUAUCCAUGUUGGAUCCUAGGACUGUACCCCAUAAUCCUGUUUUCAAAGGGCUGUUUGAUGUUGUCGUCAUCGAUGAGAAGUGGUUUUACAUUACUAAAAGGACAGCAAGGUAUUAUACGACUCCGGACGAACAACAACCGACAAGAUCAUCCAAGAACAAAAAUUUUAUUCCGAAAAUAAUGUUUUUGUGUGCUCUUGCUCGUCCGAGGUUUGAUUCCGAGGGAAACUGCACUUUUGAUGGUAAAAUCGGGUAUUUUCCUUUCGUGACUUAUGAGCCAGCUAAGAGAUCAAGUAAGAAUCGUCCAGCUGGGACAAUAGAGCUGAAACCUAUGGAUACAGUAAGAAUGGGUGUUAGUCGAGAAUAUUUGGUUAAGAAGAUCAUACCAGCAAUUCGGGAGAAGUGGCCUCCAGAGGAUGUGCACAGUCCCAUCUAUAUCCAGCAAGAUAAUGCUCCGUCCCACGUUAAUCCUGAUGAUAUAAUAUUUUGUGAAGCUGCUAAAAAAGACGGAUUCGAUAUCCGACUCAUGUUGCAGCCCGCCAAUUCACCCGACUUGAAUAUCUGUGAUUUAGGCUUUUUUAACUCUAUACAGUCUAUCCAGUACAAGACUAGCUCAAAAAGCACUGAGGAACUUGUAUCUGCAGUUCUUGAGGCUUUUGCAGAUUAUCCACCAUCAAAGUUAAAUCGCAUUUUCUUAUCCUUUCAUGCUUGCAUGAAUGAAGUGAUAAAGAUUGGAGGUGGAAAUGAAUACAAGGUUCCUCAUAUAAGAAAAGGGGUACUAGAACGACAAGACUGUCUCCCAGUGCAACUUGGCUGUGAUGCUGAAGUGGUGGCGGCUGCUAUAUCUCAAAUAUCAGAUGCUGGAUUGAUAGAUGCCGCCCCCACAUCUUAGUCGCCCUUUGAGUGAACUUGUAGUGACCCUUAAUUGCAUUUGAGAGAUAUUUCAUUGCCAUUUGCUUGAGUUUUCCCUUGCUGUGUCAAGAAUUGUGAAGCAAUGUCAAAAAUCGUG